AUGACGUCACCUUUCUAUUCUAAGGUAUUGGUUUUUGGAGAACCUGAAGUUGGGAAGUCUUGGCUGUGCCAAUCUAUGAAAACCAAAAAACCAGUAAAUCCUUCUGAAUGUGAACCACAAUCCUCUUUUGAUCCAUUUUCUUGCGAAUAUAAAAAGGGUGAUUUUUUGAUAAAUCUCAACAUUUGGUGCACAUCAGGUUUAGAAAAUGACGAAAGCAAACUUCAAACCUACUGUUCACAGACCGAUAUUGGCCUUCUUUGCUUCUCAAUGGUCGAUUAUAAAUCUCUUGAACAAGCUGUUAAAAAAUGGUAUCCAGUUUUCCAAAAACAUUGUCCACAUGCUGAACUCUUUCUUGUUGGUUGCAAGAAAGAUAAUUGUGACAAAGCAAAUGAAAUUCAAUCAGAAGAAAUCAAAAAUGCUACAAAGAAAAUUGUUGCAAAACUCUGUUAUACUUCAGCUAUUAAUUAUAGUGGUAUUGAGGAAAUUUUGAAUGAAGCUUUUUCAAAACUUUUUCCUCUAAACUCUCUUUCAAUUGCAAAGCUUUAA